AGUCUCAACUUGCAAUUGCUAACGCACAGACUCCUGCCGCUAAUCUUCCAAAUGAGCAUUAUUAAUCCCACCGCCACUAAGCGCGCUACCACUAUAAUACUAGAAAAUGCAAUUAGACAUCACGAAAUCGCAAGUCCACGACCUCCCAAUCUCCACUUAAGCUCCCUGUCUCGGCGGCCUUCUCCUCUCCUCCUCCUCAUCCAACCUCCCCAACUCCCACUCCACCGAUUCAGAGCCCGCCAUUGAUGGACUACGAGCGCAUCCACGAGCCGUUCCCUCGUCAGUCGGGCGGAUUCUCCCCGGCUAAGCUACGAGCGAUGCUCCGGGGGCUAGAAAAACAUCAGCGCAGCAGCAAGGAUACAUCACCGGAGGCCAACGACUCCGGCGAGCUUGACGAUCGGAGAAGCUUGGAAUGCUCCACCUCUACCGAGAUGUCUAGCAACAGUGGCAACAGAUCAAGAAACCGAGCUCCAGACGACGACAGCUUCGACUCCGAGAGCAGCUCGUCGGGGCCGCCGACGGUGAAGAGGUCGGCACCGGUGGCUGCAUUGCUGCCACCGUUCUCUCGGCCAACGCCGUCGAAGUGGGACGACGCCGAGAAGUGGAUUUCCAGCCCGAACCGUACUGGCCGCUCAGGGGGUGCCACUGGCAUUGCGCCGAGGAAGUCGGCAUUGGCAUUUCCUGAGCAUGGAGGCCGCCCAACCGCCGUUGCUAAGGUGGUCGCUGAGCUGCCCAACAACACUGCAUUCUUGAUUAAGAAUUCAGAUGGUCUCACUCAGUCUGGAUCAUUUAAACCUGCACAAAGUGCUUCAAUAGUUGACGAAGCAGCACCCGUCGUUAGGUCCGUCUCGAUGAGAGACAUGGGAACAGAAAUGACUCCAAUCGCCAGCCAGGAGCCUUCUCGGACUGGGACUCCUAUAAUUGCAUCUAGUCCAACUUCCUCACGGAUACCAACUCCACAACGUGCUGUAGAAUUCAGUAUCAGCAAAAUUGACUCUCACGAGGAGAUGUCUGAGGAGGAGCUACAAAUGAAUACCAGACAGGAAAUUAUUGAUCUUGGCCAAAGGCUAGGUAAGACUACUAUAGCCGCAUGGGCAAGCAAGGAAGAGAAAGCUGCUGCAAAUUUCACGAAUACUACAGCGGAUAAGUCUGUCGAUAUCGACAGGGAGAUUCAAGCUGCAGAUUGGCAGGAGACAGAGAAGGCAAAGUAUCACGCGAGGUUUCAGAGGGAGGAAGUAAAGAUCCAAGCUUGGGGAAAUCACCAGAAAGCGAAAAUUGAAGCUGAAAUGAAGAGGAUCGAAGCCAAGAUAGAACGGAAACAGGCGCGCGAGCAGGACAGGCUCGCUAACAAGCUGGCGGCAGUAAGCCACAGAGCAGAGGCGAAGAGGGUGGCAGCUGAGGUAAGGAGGAACCAAGCAGCAGUAAGAACAGAAGAGGCGGCGGCGCAGAUCCGAAAAACCGGGCAUAUGCCUUCCUCAUUCUCCUGCUGGUGCUGGUGCCUGUGAUCUGAUCACCUGCCUAGAACAUGAUCCAUGAUCUUUGGGCAAGGUAGAAAAAUUGUCCAUUAGACAACCUUGUAAUGCAAUUGGCACAUCUUCUCAUCACGGGAAUGCAGAGUGUGUCACCAUUUUUGCCAUCUUG